AAGUGGUGCCAAGAACAGCACGGCCAUUUCGUGGGGGCAUUCAAAGAUGCUUUUACGAGAGUUGAUGCGCACAUAUUGCAGAAAAAUCCGUCACCAGACGGCUCAACCGCUCUGCUGGUUUGGUUUCUAGCCGACUCGACUAGCCGCAGAAUGUUCUACACAGUGAACCUAGGAGACUGUCGCGCCGUUCUGUGUCGAGGUGGGCACGCUGUGCCGCUCACAAGUGACCACAAACCCAGUCGUCCGGACGAAAAGAAGCGCAUUGAAAAGGCUGGAGGUUUUGUGGGAGAAAAGCUGGCAUAUCCCGCGUAUACUCUGCUGUGGGCGCUGGGCAUCCACGUUCGGGCAUUUGGUGACCGAUCUUUAAAGACACCGACAGCGCUGGUUUCAUGUGACCCGGAGGUCACGAGAUUUCAAGUACAGGAAGACGAUUUGUUUCUGGUGAUGGCAUGCGAUGGCGUCUGGGACGUCUUGAGCAACCAGGAC